AUGAAGAAUUUGCUGGCUGAAAGCAAAGCAAUUUUCAACAUCGAACAAGAGAAGGCGCUGAUAAGCUACAUUCUCCAGGACAGCGACAUCAACUAUGGAAAUAGUUUGAUGGAGCUUCGUAAGCUCGCGUAUGAAUUUGCUCAGAAAGUUGGCGCGUCGUAUCCGGAUCCUCGGAACGACAAUCAACAGGCGAGUAAGAAUUGGCAGUUGGCGUUCAUGAAAYGCCACAAAAAUUUGUCACUGCGAACACCAGAGCAAGUAAGCCAGAGCCGUGCGAAACGAUUCAACAAAGAGAAUAUCGAUGCAUUCUUUGCCAACCUUUCAUCCGUUCUCGGUAAGACGCCGUUUGAACCUCACCGAAUAUGGAACAUGGAUGAAACCGUGUGCCCGACCGUGCUAACCAGACCUGUCAAAACCAUCGCGCGCAAAGGACAAAAGCAGGUCGGCUCAUCAACAUCUGCCGAAAAAGGCACCAAUGUGUCUUUGGCUUUGGCCGUCAGCGCUAGUGGCCAGUCUAUACCGCCAUUCUUCCUCUUUCCCCGAGUCAACAUGAAAGAGAUUUUUAUGACUCAUGCGAGUCRUGGCGCUGUUGGUGUUGCGAACGGUUCUGGUUACAUGAACUCUGACGUAUUACCUCAAUUCAUGCGUCAUUUCAUCAAGCAAGGUGCUAAUGCCGAUUCGCCAACCAUGUUGCUGCUGGACAACCACGGUUCRCAUUUAUCGAUCGAGGCGAUAGAUUUGGCGUUGGAUCAUGGCAUCACGUUGCUGUCUUUUCCGCCGAAAUGCACCCACAAAAUGCAGCCGCUAGAUGUUGCG